CUCCCAUCCUCGUCUAUAGUGAUGAAUAAGGAAGUGUGCUCUCAUUCAAACACUUUACAGACUGAUGGGUGCAGCAAACCGCUUUACGUACGGGUUUUCAAGGCAGAGCUGUUCUAAGAUGAUACUUGAGUCCAAAGCAAAAGAUGCUGGAUUAGUUCCCCCUUGAGAGGAAGCUCAAGGCCCCCACAAACAAGUUCCUUCCUUUUGCAGAAAGAUUGAGGAGACUAAAUAAACCCCUGUAGCCACACCCCUGUGCACAUACACACGUGUGUGCGGCACCAUUACUAUCAACAGAUUAACACCAGUCUAUGGAGAACAUCUAAGGAUGAAGAUGUUAUUUAUAUUGCUGGCAUUUCCCUCCUUUAUCAAAGGUUGUACUGGCCUUACUCUUUAUGGAGAGGUCGGAGGGACGGUCGUAUUUCAAUGCCACUCAACGAAGAAGGAAAUAAAGUAUUUUUACUUUCAAGGAGGCACAGAUUUUAAAAAGGUUAUAAUUGGAUAUCAUAAGACGAAGAAGCCCGAUGAGCCCAGUCGACCUGACACCUACUUGAACCAUGCGGAUAAAACGGUAACCUUUCGGAAUCUAACCGUCUCAGACAAUGGGACAAAGAAAUGCAUCAUAAGCCAUGGGCUCCCCGGUGGAAUGACUGAAGACACUACAAUAACUCUCAUCGUAACUGCAACACCCAAUGCAGUCACAAUAGAGCACCACAACCCUGAGAGCGCUGGUGACGUCUCCAAUGCCUCGCUCACAUAUCUACUCGACCUUCUCCGUUUAAUCGUACCAGUCCUGGUGUGUGUGGGGGGAUUUGCUUGGUGGAAGAAAUGCAAAGGAAAUCCACUUUCUAACGAGCAACGACCCCAAUCAGCCCCACAAGCCGAUCCAGUAUCAGCAAGCGAAGAAGUCGCAGAACGUGAGAUUUUCGUGCCUCAGCCGCCCGUUGCUGAGGAUUUGGAGAUGGAAACGAUGAAUAAUACAAAUUCAAAUGAAAACAUGUAAGUAGUCACCCAGAGUGGCCUCUAGGCUACAUUGUUGCCGUCUGCGCAUCUACUAGGCCGCCUCUGAAUGUCCAACACCUGGAACCCGUUGAUGGGACUACAGACCACUCCAUGUUGCUCUCAACAAGAGCAAUGAGGUCGCUGCACUCACCGGAUCAUUUGUCAAUAUUCCAACAAAGAUCAGACACAUGGAUGUCUGCUGCAACACACGCGUGGCUGAAAGUGGACAAUGACUUCCUGUUUUCCACACAGGUUGAUGAAAUUAGCCUUUGAUGCAACGUAGGGGAUGUUUUAGAUUUUUUUAAGAAUUUAUUUAACUUGCUGUUUUUGAUUGUUUUGUUGCACUGGGACAAACUGAUCAAGUGGAGCUAUCUAGCCUACUCAUCUUCUGUGGGGCUAACGCCACUGCAUUGAAAUAACGUAUCUGGAUUUCUUGCCCCUGAAUUUAACUCUUACAAUUUCCAAUAAAUCAUUUUCAGCUUUAUUUUUCAAUGUUAAAAGAACAGUCUUCCCUGGCGCUGUUUCGGUGGCAUCUCUCAUAAAGAGCUACAGUCAGUGUUUAAUGGCCUUGAUUUACCUUUGAGCAUUUCCUAUUAUAGGCUACUGUGUAAAAUGCUGUUUGGAAUUAAUAUUUAUAUCAAGAAAGAAAGAACCAGCGAGUGACGCUCUUAUUCCUGCUCUCCUUGCUUGACCGCAAUCUAGCUUCUAGGAUCGUGGGGAUUAUUGACACUUAUUACAAGAUUAACCUUAAAAUAUGACUUAGGCAAAUAUGCUAUGGAGCUAAAAACAUAAAAAAACUUGGUUCUGUACCUUUUGCUUGAUCUGGUCUGUAUGUUGUUGUUCCCUGCGCCCAUAUUUAGUACUCUGUAAGACUUGCCUGUUUACAAAAAUAGCCAGGAAACCACACCGUAACCACACCGCAUACUACAGGCAGGUUUAUGUAAUGAGCUCCAUCUGGGUCAAUAUGGGCCGUCUAUGGACUGAAUGGAUGCGGGGUGAAUUUGAGACUCACACAUACUAAUAAUUAAUAAAAUAUGCAUGUUGAACGUUGUUGUAAUUUUAUAACUUUACUGUACACAUAACAGUGUUUUUUUUUUUGUUAUCCAAAAUGUAUGCUUAGCCUAUAAAUAGUUUUGCAAUUGAUUAGUUGGGAAUGUUGACCAUGGUUAAUGUCCAGUUUAUAGCUGUUUUUUUAUUGUGUGGUAUAUUUGCACUCCAAACUCUGUAAACCCAGUAAAGCCACCUCGUUGGGGUCUCAUGGUUUAGGCCCAAAAUAUUUAACUGAUAUGCUUCCAUAACAUAAGCCUUCUAGACCACUAAGAUACCAAGAGACCAAUCUGUUCAUUAUUCCCAGAGUAAACACGGAAAAUGGGAAAGCAGGAUUUAGUUACUAUGCAACAAAUAUCUGGAAUAAACUCCCUGAGGAUUUAAGACUUGCCCCAACUCUGAGCACCUUUAAAUAAUACUGAAGACUUUUAUGUUUGCUUUAGCUUUCUGCUAAAUCGUAAAUACAUUGCACUUUCUAAAAAGCUUUUUUAACUUUGCCUUAAUUUUCUAUUUUUAUACUAAAAUGCCUUUUUAACUUUCUAUUUUACUCAUUUCUUUGCAUGUUUUCUUUUACAUAUCUAUUUUAUUUUAUUGUAUGACAAUGUUUAUAUGUUAAGCACUUUGAGUCUGCCUUGUGUAUGAAAAGUGCUACAUAAAUAAAGUUGCCUUGCCUUGCCUUGCCUUAUGGCAGGGAACAUUGCUUCAGUGAAUAAACAUAACGUCAAUAAAACUUUGAUAGCCUUCAUUAACUUGUCCUUGAAUCGAUUUCUGC